GGAGGCGGAGUGGAUGCUGAUCGCUCUCUAUCUGCUGCCCUGUGCCCUCCAUCCCUCGGCGAUCAGACAGACACGGACAGGGGAUACCCGAGGAGGUUUGGCCGAGGAUAGGGACACAGAUCUGCUGUUGAUGAAGGAAGUCUGAUGUAGAUGCUGAGCCAGAGGAGAGCCCAGGGAGCAGCAGCAACGGCAGUAGCAGCAGCAGUGGGGCUGUAGAUGCCCUCUCCACAGCUCAGGCCCCAGCCCCCCCCCAGGCCUCUGUGGGAGAGCCAGGACAGAGAGGAGACAGCUCCUGCUCUGACUUGGACAGUCCUGUAGAUUCCAGCUCCUGUGAGGAGGAGGAGGAGGAGGAGGAGGAGGAGGAGGAGGAGGAGGGUGAGAAAGGGGAGGAAGACCCAACUAUGUUCUCCUCCAAAUUCCUUAGCGGGGGCAACCCCCUCAAUGCUGUGUCCUCUGCUGUGAAUAAGUUUGGUUUAUUUGGAGAUGAUGGGGAGGGGAAUAAAAAUCAGAAAUCCCCUUCCCAGCAGGGGGUGGCGCUAUCUGGAGAACAACAGCCAGGAGCAGGCCCUGGGAAAGGCCCUCAACAGCAACAGGGACCCCAAAAAUCAGGCCAGGGUCCUCCUAUGCAAAAGCCUCUUCAGCCUCUCCCUAAAACACAGCUGCAUGGGAAUGGACAGGCUGUAGCCCCAAACAAGCCUGGUGGGCAACACGUUGCUCCCAAGGCAGGGUCACAGCCUGAAGGCCAGCUUAAAGGAGAGCCACAAAAAAAUCUACCUAAGGGCCCACCACAGCAAGGUACACCUAAGCCUGGAGUUCAACCAGAAUCUCCAAAGGCAUCAUCACAACAACAGGUUCCACCUAGAACAGGGAUGCAACAUCAAGGGCCUGCUAAGACUGGUGCACAGCAACAAAAACCUGCAAAGACUGGGGUGCAAGAGUCCACAAAGGUUGGGUCACAAAAAACUGGCUCACAGCAAGGGUCACCUAAAGUAGGACAGCAACAGCAGGGGUCACCAAGAAUUGGACAGCAACAGCAAGGCUCCCCUAAAGUUGUACAGCAACAACAGGGCUCAUCUAAAGUGGGACAACAACAGCAAGGCUUCAGGCCUACACCCCAACAGCAGUCCUCUGAUAAGCCUGGGCCUCAGCCACAAGGCCCUAAGGGAACUGGUACACCUCGCAUGUCCCGGGCAGGGUCUUCAUCACUGGGAGCAACCAAAGCCGGACCUCAGUCAAAAGCAGUAGCUAAGUCCCUUUGCCCAGUGUGUAACACCACAGAACUUAAUAUGCACACCAAGGAACCACCUAACCAUAAAACCUGUUCACGGUGUAAAACUGAAGUGUGCAGCUUGUGUGGCUUCAGCCCUCCAGACUCUGAUGGGCAUGAAUGGCUGUGUCUUACCUGCCAGAUACAGAGAGCUCAAGGAACUUCUGAACCACCAGGACCUUCCAUGAAAAAGCCCACGCCCAACAAAGGUUCUACUGUUCAAAACCAGACACCUCCUGCUGCACUUGUCAAAAAAGAGACAUCAGCACCAGGUUCAUCUCAGAAAAUGCAGUCUACAUUGGCAAAAGUGCCAGCCAAGGGUGAAGCUGCUAAAGGACCAGAUAGUCAAAAACAGGCCAGCCCAGCUUCUGUUCAGAAAAUGACAGAGGAGACCCAGAGAACAUCAGGGUCUCAUAAACCAGACCAGACGAGUCAAACUGAAUGCAAGCAAAGCAGUGCCACCCCAGCUCCCCAGCAGGAGUCAGGAGGUUUAUUUGGCUUUGGUGGUGCUAAAACGGAAGCUGCAAAGCCUGAAGAGUCAGUGACUGGGAAGAUGUUUGGUUUUGGUUCUUCCAUUUUCAGUUCUGCAUCUACUUUGAUAGCUUCAGCUGUCCAGGACGAGCCCAAAACCACACCUCCAGUUUCUCCCAAAAUGCAGUCUACAAAGGAGACCAAACCCCCUACUGUCCAAAAGUCAGUGCAAGACAAGAAACAAGAGCAACCCGAGCAGGCAAAGGCUCAACCAGCAGGACAGGCCAAAGUGGACAAAGCUCCACCAGAGACUCCAAAGGCAGCAGCAGCCUCCCACAAUGUUCCUAAAGCAGGCAAAUCCACUUGUCCACUCUGUAAGAUGGUACUCAACAUGGGUUUGAAGGAUCCUCCCAACUACAACACCUGCACUGAAUGCAAAAGCACUGUCUGCAACCAAUGUGGAUUUAACCCCAUGCCAAAUGUUAAAGAGGGAAAGGAGUGGCUUUGUCUAAACUGCCAGGUGAAACGAGCUGCUGGUGGAAUUGAACCUCAGAAAGACACAUGUUUGGUCAAUUCAUCAUUUAAAAAAACUACUCCAGCACAGCCUGCACCAGGCUCUCCUCAGAAGAAAGUAUCUACACCAGUAGCACAACCACCCAAGGCUGAAGCUGCUAAAGGACCAGACAGUUAUAAACAGGCCAGUCCAGCUCCUGGUCAGAAAACACCUCAGGAGAGCCGGAAGACAGGUCCUCAGAAACAACCAGAACACACAAACCAAACUGCACAAGCAACACAGCAAGAGUCAGGAGGCUUCUUUGGUUUUGGUGGUCCAAAAAGUCAGACCGUUGCUUCAAAGCCUGCAGAGUCAAUGACAGGGAAGAUGUUUGGUUUUGGUUCGUCCAUCUUCAGUUCUGCAUCCACUUUGAUGACCUCAGCUGUUCAAGAUGAGCCCAAAACUACACCACCGGUUUCGCCCAAAAUGACUGCUGCAAAGGACUCCAAAUCUCCCACUGCCAAGAAACCAGAACUGGAGAAUAAUCCAGAAGAACCUCAGCAGGCCAAGGGUCCUCCAUCAGUACCACCGAAAGUGGACAAACCUCCACCAAAGAAAGUUUCAGCUUCCCCAGUCGUUUCCAGUGCAGGCCAGUCUACUUGUCUCCUCUGUAAACUGGAACUCAAUGUGGGCUCUAAACAUCCUCCCAACUACAACAUCUGUACAGAGUGCAAAAACACUGUCUGUGUCCAAUGUGGAUUUAAUCCCAUGCCAAAUGUGAAUGAGGUGAAUGAGUGGUUAUGUCUCAACUGCCAGAUGCAGAGAGCACUAGGGGCAUCUGAGCCUCCAGGAACUCCAAUGAUGAAACUACAGGCCUCACCAAAUAAAGUCACUGUGUCUGCUAAUUCCCUAAAUAAGGAAACACCCCUGAAAGAUAAACCUCAAAAGAAAGACAUUCCAACACCUGCUGAAUCUAACAUAAAGGAGGCCUUUACAUCAGGCUCCCCUCAGGUGAAACCACCAACACCAGAGCAGCCAGCAAAAGCUGAAGUCAUGAAAGGACCAGAAAGCCAGAAACUGGUUACCCCAGCUCCUGGUCAGAAAACUCCACAGGAGGGCCGGAAGACAGGUCCUAAUAAACCACCAAACCAGACAAGUCAAACUGGACGUAAGCAGACUAAUACUACCUCAACUCCACAAGAGGAAUCUGGAGGAUUCUUUGGUUUUGGUGGUCCUAAACCUCAACCUGAUGCUGCAAAGCCUGCUGAAUCAGUGGGUGGAAAAAUGUUUGGCUUUGGUUCCUCCAUCUUCAAUUCUGCAUCCACUUUAAUAAACUCAGCUGUCCAAGAUGAUUCCAAAAUGACACCGUCAAUUUCUCCCAAGAUACCUGUCGUGAAUGCAACCAAAUCACUUACUGCUCAGAAACAAGAGCAGGAGAAGAAACUAGAGCAAGUCCAACAGCCCAAGACCUCUCCCUUGCUACAAGCCAAAGUAGAAAAAGCUCCAUCAGAGCCUCCAAAUGAUGCAGCUGCUUCCUCAGCCGUCCCCAAAUCAGGCCAAUCUACCUGUCCACUCUGUAAGGUGGAACUCAACUUUGGCUCCAAGGAACCUCCCAACUACAAUAACUGCACUGAAUGCAAGAACACUGUCUGUAACCAAUGUGGAUUUAAUCCAGUGCCAAAUGUGUCAGAGGUAAAAGAAUGGUUAUGUCUGAACUGUCAGAUGCAGAGAGCUCUUAGUGCAACUGAACACACAGGACCUCCUAUGAAACCUCAUAAUGCAGCUAACAAAAUUUCUCCAUCUGCUGUACAUCAGAAAAUAACAGCUCCUAAUCAAGUGGAAACUCUAAUGAAGGAAUUAUCAAAAUCUGAUGCAUCAGUAAAUAUAGAGACUCCAGUGCCACAUACACUUCAAAAGAAGACACAGCCUAUAGCAGUAACACAGCCAACUAAGACUGCUAAAGGACCAGAUAGAGACACACAUGCUACCCCAACCCCUGGUCAAAAAACUCCUCUGGAUAUCCCUGGGGUAUCAGGGUCUCAGAAACCAACUGACCAGGCAAGACAACCGGGACUAAAACAGAGUAAGGUCACCCCAGAUACACAGCAGGAGUCAGGAAACCUAUUUGGCUUGAGUGGUCCUAAAACAGGGCCUGAUGCUGCAAAGCCUGCAGACACAGUGACUGGGAAGAUGUUUGGCUUUGGUUCCUCCAUUUUUAGCUCAGCAUCCACUUUGAUAUCAUCCACUGUUCAGGAAGAAUCACGUACUACUCCACCAGGCUCUCGUAAGAUGUCUGCACCAGCACAAGUCUCUCCAAAGAUGUCUGCUGUGCCCAAAAUUUCUCCAAAAAGUACACCGACAGUUUCUCCCAUAAUGUCGCCAGCAAGAGAGCCCAAAACUCUUGCUCAGAAGCCAGAGCAAAAGAAGAAACCAGAGGAAUCCCUCCAGAGCAAAGAGAACAAAGCUCCAUCACAGCCUCCAAAGGCAGCAACAAUCUUCCAAACGUCUAAUGUAGGCCAGGCUGCCUGUCCACUGUGUAAGGUUGAGCUUAACAUCAGCUCCAAGGUCCCUCCCAACUACAACACCUGCACUGAAUGCAAGACCACUGUCUGUACCCAAUGUGGAUUUAACCCAAUGCCUAUAGGAGAGGUAAAAGAGUGGCUAUGUCUUAACUGUCAGAUGAAAAGAGCAGUUGGAGCAUCUGAGCCCCCAGGGCCUCCCUCAAUGACGUCCCAAACAUCACCCAGUAAAUUUCCUAUACCUGCACCUACACCAGUCCAGUUGAAGGAUUCUUCCAAACUAACUACACCUCAAACGAAGGACAGUCCAAGCCCUGCUGUACAAAAGAAGGAGACCUCAGAACCAGUUUCACCACAGAGAAAACAGUCUAUACCAUUGGUGCAGUCAGGCAAACCUGAAACUGCUGCUGCAACAUUGAAGCAGGCCAGCCCAGCACUUGAUCAUAAAACACCACAGGAAAGACAGAAGACAGGUCUAAAGAAGCCACCAGAUCAGACAAGCCAACCUGGACAUAAGCAGAGUAAUGCCACCACAGCUACACAGCAAGAGUCAAGUGGGUUCUUUGGCUUUGGGGGUCCUAAAUCUCAACCUGAUGCUGCAAAGCCUGCAGACUCAGUGACUGGGAAGAUGUUUGGCUUUGGUUCUUCUAUCUUCAGUUCUGCAUCUACUUUGAUAACCUCUGUUCAGGACCAGCCCAAAACUACUCCACCGGUUUCUCCCAAGAUAUCUCCUGGAAAAGAGAUCAAGCUGGAGCAGCAGAAGAAAACAGAGCCAUCGAAACAGACCAAGACACCUCCAUCAAGAGAGGCCAAAUUGGACAAAGCCCCAUCAGAGAAUCCAAAGACUGCAGCACCUUCCCAAGUAGCUGUCAAACCAGGCCAGUCUACCUGCCCACUCUGUAAGGUCGAACUCAGCAUGGGUUCCAAGGAUCUACCCAACUACAAUACCUGCACUGAAUGCAAGAACACUGUAUGUAACCAGUGUGGAUUUAACCCUACGCCAAAUGAAACAGCGGUGAAGGAGUGGUUGUGUCUCACCUGCCAGAUGCAGCGGGCUCUAGGAGUAGCACAGAUCCCAGAAGAUGCUUCUGUCAACUCCCAGAUACCUGCAAAACACCGAAAGAAAGACAUCAUCAGCCCAGCUGAACCUGAAAAGAAAGAGUCAUCAUCACCACACUCACCUCAGAGGAAACUAUCUGUAACAGCACAGCCAGCUACAGCUGAGGCUGCUAACAAGCCAGAGAGUCAGAAACAGCCCAGCCCAGUUCCUUCUCAGAAAAGGCCACAAGAGCCCCAGAAAACAUCAGGUCCUAACAAAACGCCAGACCAGACAAGGCAAACUGAACGUAAGCAGAAUAAUGCCACAGCAUCGACACAGCAAGAGUCAGGAGGCUUCUUUGGUUUUGGUGGUGGUAAAACUCAACCCGAUGAUGCCAAGCCGGCAGGGUCAGCGACUGGGAAAAUGUUUGGCUUUGGUUCUUCCAUCUUCAGUUCUGCAUCCACUUUGAUUACCUCAGCUGUUCAGGACCAGCCCAAGACCACUCCACCAGUUUCCCCCAAUAUGUCCCCAGCAAAAGAGAUCAAAUUCCCUUCUGCCCAGAGGAAAGAACCACAGAAGAAGCCAGAACAACCCCAGCAGACCAAGACACCUCCAUUGGUCCAGGCAAAAAUGGAAAAAGCUCCAUUAGAGCCUCCAAAGGCUGCAGCAACCUCCAAACCUACUGUCAAACAAGGUCAGUUCACCUGUCCACUCUGUAAGGAUGAACUCAACAUGGAAUCCAAGGAUCUGCCUAACUACAAUAUUUGCACUGAAUGCAAGAACACUGUCUGUAACCAGUGUGGAUUUAACCCCAUGCCAAAUGUGUCAGAAAUGGAGUGGUUGUGUCUGACUUGUCUGAUGAAUAGAGCUCUCACAGCAACCAAAUCAAAAGAGCCUCCACUGAUGAAACCCCCAACAUCACCCAACACACAAGUGUCCACACCUGCUGCUGCCCAAAAAGAUGCCACUGCGAACCAAAAGAAAGACAUUAUUUCCAUACAAAAAGCAGAAGUGCCAGACAAAAAUCAGGACAGGCCAACACCAGGUGCACCACAAAAUACGGAAGAAACUAAAUCCCCAUUUCAAAUGGAUAUUACCCAAACCAAAUCAACCACUGCCUCACCGCCUGCAAAAGAGAACCCAGGUACUGUUUCAACCCUAACAAAAGAGGAGAAAACUGGUUCACCACCUACCAAGAAGGUUCCAACCUCCACUGUACCUCCUACCAAAGAGAUGACAGCUGUAGUUUCAGACCUCAAUAAACCACUGCCUGCUCAAGCUUCUCCUGUCAACACAGAUAUUCUCCAGAAGAAACGGGACAUCACUCCACCAAGUUUCCCUGCAACUAAAGAAGUAUCAGAAAAGAAAGAGGAUAAAGCUGAAAUAGUUCAGAAAUCAGCUGAUCAACCAGUCACAUCCUCUGAUGAAGUACAGCCCCAACAAGCCCUAAAUAAAGAAUCAAACCCUGUUGAAACAUCACUUGCCAAAUCUGCUCCUCCAGCUGCACAACCAACCAAUCAAGAAUCAGGUUUCUCCAGCUUUGAUAGUCCAAAAUCUCAGCGUGCUGCCUCAAAAACAACUGAAGUGGUGACUGGGAAGAUGUUGGGAUUUGGUUCAUCCCUCUUUAGCUCAGCAUCCACCUUGAUAACAUCUACAGUUCGGGAGGAGUCCCACACAACACCACCAAGUUCCCGCAAAAUGUCUGGCCCACUGCAAGUCUCUGACAAGAUGUCAGCAUCACAGAUUUCUCCAGAGUCCAGCCCCCCAGUUUCUCCAAGAAUGACUUCAGCAAAAGAGGCCAAACUGCCUGCUGCUCAGAAACCACAUCUGGAAAAGAUACCAGACCAACCUCAGCAGGCCAGGGCUCCUCCAUCAGGACAGGAAAAAGUGGACAAGGGUCCAUCAGAGUCUGCAAAACUAGAAGCUUCCCAAGUUGCUCCCAAAGUGGGCCAGUCUAUUUGCGUACUCUGUAAGGCGGAACUGAACAUGGGGUCCAAAGAUCUUCCCAACUACAACACCUGCACUGAAUGCAAAACCACUGUCUGCAACAAAUGUGGAUUUAAUCCAAUGCCUAAUGUAACAGAGGUGAAGGAAUGGCUUUGUCUCAACUGCCAGAUGCAGAGAGCACUUGGAGCUUCUGAACCUCCAGGCCUUCCCAUGAUAAAAUCCCAACCUUCACCAAGCAAAGAGGUCCCUGCUACCACACAGAAGAAAGAGACCCUAAUGUCAACUUCUCAGGAAGACAUCCCUAAACCAGCCGCAGCCAAAAAUGAGCUUGUUAAAGUCGCCACAACCAAAGAAAUUGAAUCCCCAGCCCUUGGUGCGCCAACAAAGAAAGUUACCCCUACAGCUGCUUCAUUGUCUGACGAAACUGUUCCAUCCACUAUCACAAAGACUGAUAUUUCUCUGGCUUCACAACAGCCUUCUGCAGAAACACCCAAAGGACAACAGCCUCCAAAAGCUGGGACUUCUACUGCUAAGUCUGCUCCUCCACCAGAUCCAGAGGCAGAAAAGUCGCCCCCACAACAGCCUGCAAAAGCUGUGACUUCUAUUGCUAAGUCUGCUUCUCCACCAGAUCCAGAGAAGGGAAAGCCACCCCCACAACAGCCUCCAAAAGCUGUGACUUCUAUUGCUAAGUCUGCUCCUCCACCAGAUCCAGAGACGGGAAAGCCACCCUCACAACAGCCUCCAAAAGCUGUGACUUCUAUUGCUAAGUCUGCUCCUCCACCAUAUCGAGAAGCGGGAAAGACUCCCCCACAACAUCCUCCAAAAGCUGAUACCUCUCCAGCCAAAUCUGUACCACCACCAGCUCAGCCUGCUAAACAGGAGUCAGGAGGCUUCUUUGGUUUUGGUGGUCCUAAAACACAGCCUUCUGCAGUGAAGUCUGCAGAGUCAGUUACUGGAAAGAUGUUUGGCUUUGGGUCAUCUUUCUUAAGCUCUGCAUCCACACUGAUAACCACAGCUGUUCAGGAGGGACCUAAAACUACACCACCUACUCCACGUAAGAUGUCCACUACAGCCCAUGUCUCUCCUAAAACUACACCUCCAGCCUCUCCUAAAAUGUUACCUGCUAAUGACACCAAGCCACCUGCUGUCCAGAAAACUGAGAAGAAACCAGAGAAAACACAGAAGGAAAAGAAUCCUUCAACAGCCCAAGCCAAAGUGGACAAAGUUCCAUCAGAGCACGCCAAGGCAACAACAGACACCCAAGGUGCUCCAAAAGCAAAUCAGUCCAUCUGUCCACUCUGUAAGGUCAACCUCAACAUGGGCUCCAAAGAUCCUCCCAACUACAACAUUUGCACAGAAUGCAAGACUGCUGUCUGCAACCAAUGUGGAUUUAAUCCAAUGCCAAAUGUGGCAGAGGUAAAGGAAUGGCUUUGUUUGAACUGCCAGAUGCAGAGAGCCCUAGGAGCAUCUGAGCCCACUAGACGUCCAGUAGUGACACCGCAGUCUUCCCUAAGCAAGGUUUUUACACCUCCUGGCUCUGAACAGACGGAUAUACCGACAUUAGUCCAGAAGGAGAAGUCUACAGAAUCUACAGCAGUCGAAAAAGAGGUCACUCAAGCAUCUCCGGCCAAAAAAGAAAUCCCCAAAAUUGAGGCUCCAGUGCCAACUGCAGUCCAAAGGACAGACAGACCACGACAAGGUUCUAUGCAAAAGACACCAGGUCAGGAUGUUGCUAGCCAGCAGCAGUAUGUUGAAAAAAUCCCAGAAGUACAGAUUUCUCAAACUACAAAGCCAGAAGUCAAGGCAGGUCUUGCAAAACUAGAAGCUGGAAAACCACCACAACAGCCCUCCAAAUAUGUGACCCCUCCUGCCAAAUCUGCACCACCAACAGCUCAGACUGCUAGACAGGAAUCAGAAAAACCACCACAAGAGCCUUCUAAGUCUGCGACCCCUCCUGCCAAAUCUGCACCACUACCAGCUCAGCCUGCUAAACAGGAAUCAGGAGGCUUCUUUGGUUUUGGUGGCCCUAAAACACAACCUGCUUCUGCAAAGUCUGCUGAGUCAGUGACUGGGAAGAUGUUUGGUUUUGGUUCCUCUAUCUUCAGCUCUGCAUCUACAUUGAUAACCACAGCUGUUCAGGAGGGACCUAAAACUACACCACCUACUCCACGUAAGAUGUCCACUACAGCACAUGGCUCUCCUAAAACUACACCUCCAGUUUCUCCUAAGAUGUCCCCUGCAAAGACCAAACAACCUGCUGCACAGAAAUCAGAGCCACCUCAACAGGCCAAGCCUGCUCCAUCAGCACAGACCAAAGCAGAGAAAGCUCCAUCAGAGCCUCCAAAAACCACAGAAGUGAUCCAUGUUGCUCCUAAAGCAGGUCUGUCCACCUGUCCGCUCUGUAAGGUCGAACUCAACAUGAGCUCCAAGGAUACUCCAAAUUACAACAUCUGCACCGAAUGCAAGAACACUGUCUGCAGUCUUUGUGGAUUUAACCCCAUGCCUCAUACAGCAGCGAAGGAAUGGCUGUGUCUGAACUGCCAAACUCAAAGGGCUUUGUUGGGACAGCUGGGAGACUCAGGAAAAAUACUCCAGCCUUCACCUGUAUCUACCAAGCCAGAGACCCAGGCCACACCUGCAACAAAAAAGGCAGAGCCCAAAGCUGCCGCUUCAAAGGCAGAGCCCACACCUGCGGCCACAAAAUCACAGCCCACACCUGCCCCUAUCAAGGCAGUACGAACAGUUGCAACCCCAAAAGCAAAGAUGGAACCUACAUCUGACAAGAUGGAAACUACAGCCACAACAGCUUCUGCACAAAUCGAGCUUGAAACCACACUCAUACCCACAACAGCAAAUGUUUCACCUAUUGCUGCAGAAAAACAGCCUUUAGCAGCAUCCACAGUAGUAACACCAAAGGUUGAAGUGCCAAACACAGAUGUUCCCAAGACUGUAACAGUGGAAAAUAAAGAAGAGGUAGUGAAAAUGGAGCUCAGUGUGACACAAUUUUCCAAACCUGAAGAGUCUAAACCUGACCUUUCAAAAGUCAAAGUUGAAGCAGGUGUAGCUGCAGCUUCCUCUUUUCCAGUGACUGAGGUUACAGUUGUACCCACCUCCAGUAUUGCUGCAGAGGUUGCUAUGGCUGGAGUUGUUCCAGGGACUGAAACAAAGCCAGAAUUGUCUGCUCCAGAGAUGAUUAUUAAGGAAGUACAGCCUGAUGAUCAUAUCAAACUGACAGAGCCAGCAACGUCUUUGCAGCAAGUUGAGGUGCAACUAAAGUCACAAAAACCACAGCUGGUAUUGGAAUUAGAACCAAUCAUAGCAGCUAACAGCAAGGAAGUGGCUGAUAAGUUCGUUAUUGACGUCACCUCAACUUUAGACACACAACCAGUAUCUACAAAGAACAUCAUCAUAAAAGAGCAGGAUGAGACCAAAAAAGAGCCACUGAAAGAAAGAAAGGUCUCCCUACCUACUGGGCAGGUUAAACUGGAAAACGUCCCUCCGACAGCUGCUAAGCCUAAAUCCAAAGCAGAGGAGCAUGAUGAAGAUCAACCCCAGAUUUUACCCAUAUCACAGGAAUUAAAGGAUGGGCAGGUGGUUGAUAUAAGUAAAAAUGAUAUAAAUACAGAUUCAUCCAUGUCAGUAAAGGAGGAGGUUAAAGAUGAGAGAAGGCUCCUAAGUUUCCAAGCAAUGGGUGAGAGCAGUGGAAGUGAUCUCACACCCUCACCCUCGCCUAAAGUCCAGAGGAGGCUGAACGUGAGCAAUGCUUCAUUCAGCAGUGAGGACAUCAAAACUGAAAGCGCUGACUCCUCUAUGGAAGAUGAAGAGUUCAUACGCAAGCAGAUAAUGGGAAUGGGUGAUGAAGAAGAAAUGUCUCUUUCAGAAGAUGAGAAUGAAAAGAAUUUGGCAAAUGAGGAAGCUAUCAAAGAGGCUGAGCUUGAAAAUGUUUCAGUCAAAUCACUGUCUAGAAAAAGUAGCACAGAUAAUGAAGACAGCCCAGCCAGGAUAAAAGCCCCUCCGAAAACAGACACUGCAAAUAUUCAAGAUGUUCGUGAAACAAUGCCCAGCACUACUUUCAAGAAAGAUAUUCCAGUCAUGAGACAGAAACAAAGCACGGAUGAAGAAGUAGAGAGCAUCACAGAAUCCCUGUCAAAGGGAUCAUCUAGUGUUCAGGCAUCUAGCUUUACUCCAGGAUCUUCACCUACAUCAGCCUCAUCUCUGGAAGAGGACAGUGAUAGCAGCCCAAGUCACAGGAAAGUCAGUGGGGACAAACAGCAUUGCAAAGGUAAGCACAGGCAGCCAACAAAGCCUCUCCCCACAAUUGAAGACUCCUCUGAGGAGGAAAAGAUGAGGGAGGAAGAGAUGUCUAGGAAAAACAAAGAUGAACUUAGGGCCCAUGGCCAACCACUGUCUCCAACUGAAGAUGUUUCCACCACAGAGGAUCUGAGACAGGUCACCAUAAUGGAUGAAACCAAUAGAACAUCUGGCUCUGAGUACACUGCCAGUAUUGAAUCGGAACCAGAGACUGGACAAGCUGUACAACGAGGACGUAAGCCUUCACCAACAGUGAUGACAUAUACUUCUUCUGAUCCAUUUAAAGACAUGGAUACUGUGACAAAAUCUUUGAAGAGUGCUGAAGAAGCAUAUGAGGAAAUUAUUCAGAAGACAAAAGCUAUUCCAGGGGAGAGUCCUCCUGAUAUUGAGCCACUCUAUGGAGGAAUGGCAAUAGAGGACUAUCUUUACGAAUCCUUGGUUGAGGAACCUGAAAUUAAGAUUAAUGAAUCUCAACAGAAAGAACCCAAACAGGAUACUGGCUCUAAAUCUCUCAGAAAACUCAGGUCUCCAGAGGAGGUUUAUGAGGAGAUGAUGCAGAAAAAGAGAGAACUGAUGAUGAUUGAGCAAGAGUUUCAACAGGCCCAGACUGCCAUGGAAUCUUCCUCUUCAGGGACUUCGGUCGCUGGGCUUCCCAGCGUUGCUGAGACCUGUGUGGUGACCAUACUCACUGAAGAGACAUCCCUCAUUGGACAAAUUGAUAUGCCUCUUGCAGGCAGUGAAAUUUCCAGUGAAGUACCAGUGAAGAAAAAGAAACGGCCAGCUCCACCACGCCCUUCUGAACCCCCUAAGCGAUCUGAGAUGACUGUUGUUCCCAGUACUCCUAGUGGAUCUAUAGGUUUUGUUAGGCCUAUGGUUCCUCAAGAUCCUGCACUCAGAAAGGCAUUAUUCCCUAUACCAGACCUCAAGAUUACCCAGUGUUCAUCUGGGGAAGAAGAGGAUGACAGUCUUGCAGACGAGUAUGGUGUUGGUAUUUCCUCCGACAUUACACCUAGUGAUGACUCUGAGGCUAAAGAAGAUCCAUCCAUAAGCUCACCUUUGUCUGAAACUGCUGAGAUGGAGCCCGUCUGUGUGGUCUGUGAAAUUCCAGAGCCAAAACCUAUUCCAACUCCAAUAUCAGCCCCAGAACUAACCACUACACCUUCCCCUGUAUCACCACUGUCACCUCCAACUUCACCAGCCACUCCAGAUUCCAGUUUGGCUUCUAAUGCUACAUAUUCAUCCUCAUUCCAGGCUCAAACACCUCUUUCAUCAGAUUCAAAUCCACUGUCUACCCCAACACCUCCAACUUCAUUUGUAUCCCAAUCACCUCCAGAGAUCUCUCCACUAUUGCCUGCCACAAUUCCAGCCGUACUGUCUAGUGGGGACUCAGCCUCUCGUCCCACUCCAACCUCAGUUAUAGAUACAAUACCAGAUGUGGUGUCUGACUCAGCCAGAGCUCAAACAACUGCAGUAGUUCAAGUUCAGGCUUCUACAGCUGAAACCCCAAAUCAAGUCUUAGUGGAGUCUACUCCUGUACCUGUUGUGGUUGAAAUGCCAGACUUGGUUUCAUCUCCAUCUCAGGUGCCUAUUGAGGCUCCAGCUGUUAUACAGGUCUCAGCACUGAGUCGAGCAGCUGUUGUUGUCUCAGCUCAACCUACACCUGUUGCAGUCUCCACCCCAGAUUCAGUCCACAUUGUUUCUGCUUCUGUCAGUCUGGCCUCAUGCCCUGGGCCAGUCAUAGUCCAGAUGGCUGACCUGGUUUCAACUACAUCUCCAAUCUCUGCACAAACCCCACUAACAGUCUCGGCACUCAUAACUACCCCACCUCAAGCCCAAGCCAAGGUGGUCCCUGUACAACCAGCCAUCCCAUCUAUGAGCCCAGUGGUAGUCCCAGCUCUGGCUCAAACAGCCCAGGUGCCUGCACCAGCUCCAGCAUCAACUACUAUAGUCAAAAAGAAGGUCCCACCCCCUCCUCCCCCUCGGUCUACUUCAGUGUCAUUACCUGAGCCUAACAAAGAGCUGCCACUUGUAAAGACUGUUCAGCAUGCCCCCCCUGCUUUGACCACCACCCUAGCUAUGGGAACCACAGUGGCUGACCAACCAAUGCAGUCUGUAGUUGUGGAUAUACAGCCAAGAAUAGAAUACAUACUACCAGAUAGUGUAGCUGUACCCAAAGUAGUGUCCCCAACCAGACAAGGGCAUGUAGUCAUCAUAGUGCCUAGUGUGGAAAACAUAUCUCUGCUUGGACAAACCCCACAAGACUUAGCUAGCACAGGGUCAACACCUUCCACUGCAUCUUUGCAACAAAGUAGUCAAAUAGGCACACACCCUGCUUCAGACAUACCCAGCACAGAUACAGCUUCACUAUCCACUAAGGUGUCAGCAGCGCUAGUAGCUUCAGCUCCACCACUUCUGCCUAAACCUAUAGCAGGGACAAAAGUUAUAGACACAGUAGAAAUACCUGUAGCAGAUACUCCUACACCACCUUCUACCACUUUACCCAAGCCAACUGUUUAUCCAAAGCCACCAGUUCCCACUGCAGUGACGAUUGCUACAGCAACAGUAGCACAGGUUUCUGUUACAAUAACUGGCCCUAGUCAAACCGCCAAGCCUCCUCCACCUAUUCCACCUAAGCCUAUAUCAAUUCCAGCUGGAUUGGUUUUCAGCCACAAGCCAGGAGAAAGUGUCAAGCCACCUCCUGUGGCCCCCAAAGCUGCAACACUGCCCAGGACCAAAGAACCUCCAAAUGCUCUGUCACUUAGCUUGACAAGACCUGUGGAGUCUAAGUUGGGUGCAACAUCUCCUAAGUCACCUUUGUCUCCUAGACAUGCCAAAUGUUUGCAAACCUAUGUGGUGAUAACCCUUCCAUCUGAGCCUGGCUCACCAACAGAGGGCAUAAUAGUCCAGGCACCUGUAAGACGAGGCUCCAUCCCAUCUGUAAAGGUGCCAGGGGUACGGACCACACCUUCAGAGAUGAAAACACCCACUGAGGCAUUCUCAGCUCAGGCUACAGUUAGGAGAGCAUCGGUCCCCACUGUAAGGCAUCCACCUCCAAUACCCGUUGCACAAACUGCAGCAGUAGAGCAAGUGACACCCUAUGAGGUAGUGGCUGCUAAAGUGCAAGCCAGGAGAGACUCUGUGUCUUCUGUACUGCAACCACCACCAUCUGCGGCCGAUGUCAUCACAGUGUCAUCAGGUCAGGACACAUCAAUUCAGGCACAAUGUUUACCUCUUCCAAUUAAGAAACCAUAUGUGCCACAACAACAAUCAAUUACUCAGCCACUGCCACCCCCUAAAACAAUGUCUGAGGUCAUCACAAUGCCCCCAGAACUAAUGGUUUUUAUUCAACCACUAACAUUACAAGCCACAGAAAGAGUACAGUCUAUACCAUGUGUUGUUCAGUAUCCAAACAUAGCCACAGAGGUCAUAACAGUUCCACCAGAGGUUUUAGCUGAAGCAUUAGUUCCUCAGGCCCAAAUACCAACUGUACCUGUGCAGCCACUGCCUCUGACAGAAGUUGUUGCUGUAUCAUUGGAGCCUAAGGUACCUUUAGAUGCACUAGUUCCUGAAGAUAGGCCAACUGCAGUUCCCUCAACUGUUCUUUAUCCACAAGUUUCAACUCAAAUAGAAAUGCUACAAAAAGAACAGGAUAUGCCUACUGAUGUCAUUGUCACCGAGGCAGUUAUGAUAAGAUCAUCAAUACCAGGAAUGAGUCAGCAAAUUCCUGUUCAACAGCAUCUUACGGUAGUUGAAGCAGUGACUCACUCUACAGAGCAAGAAUUGCCUACAGGUUUUAGCAAUACUCACACCAUUGCUGAACUACCAUCCGUACCACAAACUGUUCAGCCUUCAGAAGUUCUGUCUUUAGUAACAGAGCAGCUAUAUACGCAGCAACCACUUCUUGAAGCUGAAGUGGUGACCCUCUCUACAAAGUUUGAAUUACCUACAGAGGUUACUACAACUGAAACUGCUGUUAGAAUACCAGGAGCAACAGUAUCUCCAGUACCUCAUCCUCUAACUGUAGUAGGUGAAGUUACCCCAACACCUGAAGUAGAUAAGUUAAUGCCACUAACUACAGGUGGUCAGAUGAUAACUCAAUCACCUAAAGUGAUGGAAGUCCAACAAAUUGCAGUACAGGCAGAAGUACCUCAUGUUACUUAUAUUCCACAGGUCUAUGGAGCAAUUGCAUCCUCAGUCAUGUCACAUUCAACACCACCACUGGAGGUCAUAGCAUUGCAGCCUGAACGUGAGACACCCACAGAAAUUAUAACAAAGGAUGUCGAUGUAAGAAGAGCUUCAAUACCAUCAUCAGUGAUGCAGGCUCAGGCAGUGCCUGGGAUGCCAGUUGGAGUUACAGCAACUCAACUCCCUACCACUAGUAGGAGGAGGACAUCGAUAUCGUCCAUAAUGCAGCCACCAUACACCACAAGUGAGAUAUUUACCUAUCCCGAGUAUGAAACGCCCACACAAGUGGUCACAACUGAGGCCUUUUCUGCCACCAGGAGAGAAUCCAUAACUAUGCAGCAACCAUUACCAUUGGCACAGGUAGUAAACAUGCCAGCUGAAAAAGAUGUUCCUAUUGCUGGUUAUGCUGUUCAGGUCCCCUGUAGGAGAGGAUCUAUUCCUUCAACAGAACAAAGACCACAGGUAUUAACUUAUUCCAUGGAAUAUGAUCACCCUCUGGAGAUAAUAACAACUGAGGCGUACACCAGGAGACCCUCUAUGCCCACUACACAGGACAUUUCACAGGGUGUAUCUGUGGCUCCAGUCACCAUCACUAAAAUUCAGCAAGAGUCUAUUGAGAGCCAGGAGAUUCGAGGACCAGAAAAGGUGGUCUCCAGUAUGAGUCACAUGUAUUCUUCUUCAAUUUCCACCUCAGGUCAGCCUCCUGAAAGCCUGUCUAGCCUGGUCACUCAGGUUGUCACCACUGAGGUCCAGAGGACCACUGUUUCUGUUGUCCAUGAAAGACUUCCACAGGUCCCUUCCCCCAGUGUCGCAAUCACUAUACAACCAGACGUAGCUAAAGUCCAACCUCUGUCGAAACAGAAUGGGAAGAUAAUCUACCCUGGUGAUGUUAUCGAUUUACGAACCAUGAAGGUUGGCAUAAAGAUGACUGAUCAAGGCAUGGACCUGACACCACCUGAGUCAUGUCGACAGUCUUUUUCAAGUGACUCUUGUGGGCGUCAAAUCACUGCAGUGCAGCCUGAGAUAGUAAAUCUUAGUGCAGAGAUCACCCCUACAACCACACUGUCUGUUGUCACUGACAGCAUCACAAUAGUCACAUGCACAGCCACCAUUGCCUCAUACAACAACACUCCAGCAGAGAAACCGCUUGAUUUGCAGGGCCCUGUUACGUCAUUGCCUCUGCCUCUCACCACAUACAAACCAUUCGAACCGCUAGCACAGAUUGUAUACAGACCUGUGAACCAGGCAGUAGUCAAUGCUGUAGCAUCCACAGCUCAAGACAUACCCAUUAAUCUUUCAUUUGGAGCUCUUAUCCCCUCAGGAGGCAAACAGCCUAUUACUUCAGCCCCAGUAGCUAUCAGCAAUGGAGGUCCGGUCCUUUCUCUCGAGCCCACAGGAGCCAUGGAUCUGUCAAACUACAGACCAGUGAGAGCUAUGGUAGCUUUGUCUGGCACAACCCCAGGAGUGGUGACCACCGUUGUAGAGGAUGAUGGGACUCCAAUCGACCUCACAGCUGGUAGGAGGAGUGUGUGCUGUGAUGUCAUUUACAAGCUACCAUUUACAGGAAGCUGCAGAACACAGCCCCCCGUUACAACCCAGCCUGACAACCAUUUUGGCUAUAGAGAUGACCACUACCAAUAUGAUAACGCUGGACUGUAUGGUAUCAAAGGCAUGAAUGGUAUAAAAGCCUCAAUGUCUGAGACCAAUCUGACAGAGGCAGGACUGUUCUCCUAUGAUCCCAAGAAUAACUAUGACUACCUUAGUGGAUCUUCAGAUGGCGCUAUAGACCUCACUGCUACCAAACUUUCUGCUGGUAAAGCUCUAGACUACACUAGCAAAGCUACUGGAGGCUACCCUGGGAUGACUACUGCUCCAUACUCCCAGGUCCCUGCAGCUGGUUUUGGUGUAAAUAGUGUUCUAAGAACCUCAGAUGGAAUAGUUUACUCCUCUGUUGCUGCCCCAGUUCCAUCGACAUAUGCAAUUACAACUCAACCAGGCUCUGUGUUUAGCACUACCUUAACACCUACAGUCCAGAACCAGUCAUUGCCACAUCCAUAUGGCUUCAUUCCCAGUGCAGACCCAGGACAGAUGAUUCCUUUUGACACCGGGCUACCUAAGGAGCUUCUACCCACAGCUUUGGCUGACAUCAUAACAGGCUAUCCAGACAUGUACUCAGACACCACCCUGGAAGCAAUUGCUGCCUCUCUUGAUGCCUUAUCCUCUUCCCCAAUAUUCCCUGGCUUAGACAACACCAAGAUGGCCCAGUAUCAGAUGGAGAGGGAGUUUCUAGAGCUAGAGAAACUUAAGCAGUUAUGUCUUGCUGAGGAGCUGGAGUGGGAGAGGCAAGAGAUCCAGCGUUAUCGUGAACAAGAGCAGCUUAUGGUUCAAAGGGAGCUUGAGGAGCUUCAGGCUCUGAAACAGCAGCUUCUCCUGCAGCAAGAGGAAGAGCACCAUGCCCACAUGGUGGCCCAGCAAGAGACCUAUGCCCAGCAGAAAGAGCAGUUGCAGCAAAUCCAACAACUCCAACUGCAACUCCAGCGCCAGCUAGAUGAGCACUAUGGUAGCACUGGUACCGUAGGGAACCUCCUAGAUGCUAAAUAUGCAGGGGUAGGUGACAGUGGCCAGUACUGGCCUGUCAAAGAUGAGUCUACAACUCCAUCUAUUGGGACACAGUUAGAUGAAAGUAAGGACCAGCUUAAUCUAGUAAAGAGGCUUCAAGCUGAUCAGGACACAGGGAAAAAAAUUAUUGAUAGUGGAGUGCAGACAGAUGAUGAAGACUCAGCAGAGAAGCAGCUUGUAGGAAGGAGAAAGAAGAAUAAGAGAAAUGUUGAUAGCUCAGCUCAGACUGAUGAUGAGGACCAAGAUGAAUGGGAUGCUCCCACAAAAGCUCGACGACGCUCUCGAAAACAUAGCAGUGAUGGGAAACAUGGCUCCAAGGUCUCUAGCAUUGCUAUCCAGACAGUGGCAGAGAUAUCUGUCCAGACUGACCACUCCGGAACUAUCAAACGACCCAAUGUCCAGAUGGACACUAAGGUAGAAAUCAUCAAGCAUAUCUCAGCUCCAGAGAAUUCUCAGAGAGGUGGCAGUCUGAGCUGUCAGACAGACUCAGACAGAAGGCACACACCCAUUGAGGUGGGCUAUAGCACACACCUAACAGCAGAUGUCCCCUCUAAGUCUAAAAUCUUCUACACCCAAGUUUCCCCUCUGUCCCCGGAAAAGUCACUUGGAGGGCAGAGAAUGCUGACUGCUGACCCGACCAGAUUUUCCUCUGGCCCUCGGAUAUUAAAGGCUGGUCAGAAGUCUCUAUCGGAUCCUAAAUCCCUUAGUCCUACCACAGAAGACAGGAUGGGUGGAUACUAUGCAGACAGCUAUUCUGGCCGAGGCUCUCCCUCUGGUACAGGUAAGAAGGUAAAGCGGACACUACCAGACCCCCCUCCUGAGGAUGACUCCCUGACAGGACGGUCAGGCUACUGCACCAACUCUGCUCGUCGCCGUCUUGCCCGCAGUACAACAAUGGCUCGGGCAAAGAUCCUGCAGGACAUUGACAAGGAGCUUGAUCUGGUGGAGAGAGAAUCUUCCAAACUUCGCAAGAAACAGGCUGAGCUAGAUGAAGAGGAAAAGGAGAUUGAUGCCAAACUACGAUACCUGGAGAUGGGUAUCAACCGGCGUAAGGAAGUCUUGCUGAAGGAGAGAGAGAAGAGAGAGAGGGCCUAUCUCCAGGGGGUAGCGGAGGAAAGAGACUACAUGUCAGAUAGUGAGGUUAGCAACAUCAGAGAGGCCAGGGGUGAUGGCCUGGAGAGACCACGGACAGCUCCUCAGUCAGAGUUUGACCAAUUCAUCCCCCCACAGACAGAAGCUGAUUCCCAGUAUAACACACUAACUAGUCCCUACUCUCACUAUUCCCAGUAUGUUCCCCAGACCCAAACCACCAGCCACUACACCCAACAGAACCUAUAUCAGCAGCAGUCCCUUUACCACCAACAGGUGUCUCCUUACCCAACCCUAUCCCUCUCCCAUGCACAGGCUCAGCCCAGCAGCUACCAACAUGCUCUGCUCUUGCAGCAGGGAAAGCAGCGUCAAACCACCCUGACUGAUUUAGAGCCUAAGAUCACCACCAACUAUGAGGUGAUACGCAACCAGCCUCUGCUCAUUGUGCCAACCUCCACAGAAAGUGGCUAUGGGGUGGCUCAUCUGGGGAGCAAGUAUAGCAACUUGGACUUGAGGCUAGGGCUAGAGGAGAGGAGCAUGGCCUCUAGUCCCAUGUCUAGCAUUUCUGCUGAUUCCUUCUAUGCCGAUAUUGACCACCACAAUGCAAGGAACUAUGUGCUGAUAGAGGACAUAGGGGAGCUCACCAAGGCCUCAACGGGGCUGAGCAACACCAACUUGGGUUCUGGAUUCAACCUGCCUGAUAAGGAGUUAUCCAAGGCAGACAGACUACUCAGGGCAGCAGAAGUCAGGCGCACAGCAGAGGUGGCAGAUUUUUUAGGCUCAUCUCGGCUUCAAGGUUAUGGUAAAGGAGACGAUGACACUAUGGAGGAGCCUUAUGAGCUGAAGCUACUGAAGCAGCAAAUCAAGCAGGAGUUCAGACGAGGAGCUGAGGGACUAGAACACUUAACAGGCCUGGGCCUGCCUCAGUAUCUCCCCAGUGAUAGCAGUUUUCGCCAUUUCCCUAAAGGUGAGAAAUAUAGCAUCGGCCGGCUCACCCUUGAAAAACAGGCUGCAAAGCAACUCCCAGCAGCUGUGCUUUACCAGAAACAGAUGAAGAACAAAAAGGCCCUAAUAGACCCUAAGGCCAUUACUAAAUUCUCCCCAAUUCAGGAGAGUAGGGACCUGGAGCCUGACUUUGGUAGCUACAUGGGAUCUGGGGCCUCCUCUGUGACCAAUCUGGCUGCUACAGCUAGGUUGCUUCAGGAUGAGAUUACAUUUGGGCUAAGAAAGAACUUGUCUGAGCAGCAAAAAUAUUUGGGUUCCUCCCUGGGGGCCAACCUAGCUGGUUCUCUUAAUCUUGGGCAAUCCCUUGGACUGGGAUCCACUAUCAGGGCCACUGCCCAGGAUGAUGGCACCUACCCAAGUGGUACCCGCUCCCGACCCUCAUCACGCCCCUCCUCCCGCCCCUCUUCUGUCUAUGGCUUGGAUCUAUCUAUCAAAGGGGACCUAUCCAGCUCCUCACUUAGACUUAAAACAGAGGGAGAGGUCCUGGAUGCAGCAUUUGCCCCUGGGGUGGCCAGAGCAAAGCCUACCAGUUUACCUAUCAGCCAAAGCCGGGGCCGUAUCCCCAUUGUGGCUCAGAACUCUGAGGAGGAGAGCCCUCUGAGCCCAGUGGGGCAGCCUAUGGGUAUGGCUAGAGCCUCAGCUGGACCUCUCCCUCCCAUCUCUGCUGACUCCAGGGACCAAUUUGGGUCUAGUCAUUCCCUGCCAGAGGUACAGCAACAUAUGAGAGAGGAAUCUCGAACGCGUGGCUAUGAUCGAGACAUCGCAUUCAUCAUGGAUGACUUGCAAGGCGCCAUGUCUGACAGCGAAGCACUAAGUGAGUCCAUGCUGACUUUGAACAGAGAUGAUGCCAGAAUCUUUCAUGAAAGUAUCAGACACGCUGGAGGCCCAAACUGGAAUAUAGAAGCUUACCACCUUAGGAGAGAGGACACAGAUUGGUUUGAUAAGCCAAGAGAAGGGAAUCCGCAGAGCGGAAACAUGUCAGACAGGAGACAGAUGAAACUGGUCCCUUAUGCCUUCCCUCACACUCGCAUCAAGCUUAAGAGAGACCUGAAGGACACCAGUGUGUCAGGGAAUGGACUUGGGAUCCGUGUGGUAGGUGGGAAGGAGAUUCCAGGGAGCCGAGGAGAGAUUGGAGCCUACAUUGCCAAGGUUAUCCCUGGCGGUGUGGCAGAGCAAACAGGAAAAGUUGUAGAGGGAAUGCAGGUGUUGGAGUGGAAUGGAGUCCCUCUGACGGGAAAGACUUAUGAAGAAGUGCAGGGCUUUAUGGGCCAACCAUGUGCCGAGGCGGAGCUCUGUGUGAGACUCGACCUUAAUAUGCUGUCUGACCCUGAGCACCCACAAGCCCUGGAGCACCAUGUACAGCUUAAGGCUGUAGGUGGGCAGCGUUCCCCUGGUGUGGAUCCUAAGCAGUUGGCUGCAGAACUGCAGAAGGUGUCCCAGCAGCAGGCUCCUGGUGUGGCUGGAACAGGGGUUGGGCCUGGGGGUUUGGGGGUCCUCUCUGCAUUAGAGCGCUCUGCCCUCCUCCACUCAGGUACUGGAUCGGCUGCCUCCAGUGGUGUGCCAAGCCCCGGCCAGCCUGCGUCCCCUGCCAUAAACAAGAAACAACGACACAAGCCAACAGAGGUAAUGAAGACACCUCAUCCCAUCACUGGAGAAAUUCAGCUCCAGAUCAACUAUGACAGGAAUCUAGGAAACCUGAUCGUUCAUGUCCUACAGGCUAGAAACCUGGCCCAGAGGGACAACGAUGGCUACUCUGACCCUUUUGUCAAGGUCUACCUCUUACCUGGGAGAGGCCAAGUCAUGGUUGUCCAGAAUGCAAGUGCUGAUAACAAGAGAAGGACCAGGUAUGCCCAGAAGACCAUGAACCCAGAAUGGAACCAGACUGUCAUCUACAAGAACAUUCAUUUGGAGCAGUUAAAGAAAAAGACGCUGGAGGUGACAGUAUGGGACUAUGACAGAUCCUCCUCCAAUGACUUCCUUGGAGAAGUGUUGAUUGACUUGUCGAACACUACCCAGCUAGACAACACUCCUCGCUGGCUGCCUCUGAAGGAGCAGAGUGAGAGCAUUGAGCACAGCAGAGCCCACCAUGCUGCUCAAGGCCCACCAGGGUCUGGGUCAGGUCAGGGACACAGCCAAGGUCUGAGCCACAUGUCAGGGCCUGGGAUGGGGCCUGGGCAUGGUAUGGGACAGGGUCAAGCACCAGGACAGGGAGACGGGAGUCAUGAUUCACCUAAGAACUCUGUGAUCAAGAGCAGAAGCCAUGGAAUCUUCCCCGAUCCAGCCAAAGAUAUGCAGAUGAUACCUUUGGAAAAGUCACACAGCAGCCCAGGCAGCUCUAAGUCUUCCUCUGAUGGCCAACUGCGCUCCCAUGGCCCCUCCCGAAGCCAAAGCAAGAGCAGCGUCACUCAGGCCCACCUUGAGGAUGCUGGGAUAGCCAUUGCUGCCGCAGAGGCUGCUGUGCAACAGUCCCGCCUGCAACCAAGACCAGGACACCGACUGGGUGAUGUCUCAGGGUCAGUGGUGCUGUCUGCCCCGAGUCUUGUGGGAGACGCCUAUGGAGGUCUGGAUGGGGAAGAGGGGGCGGGCACUGGAGUGGACAGUGCCAUUUUUCAAGUGCCACGCAUUGGUAAGACUAUUCCUAACGGCACCGACAAAAAUCAACUUGGGACCCCAGAAAAUGAAGGUGGUAAAACACAGGUAAUGGGGGAGAUCAAGGUCGCUCUCAAGAAGGAGGUGAAGACAGAAGGGGAUCAACUGGUCUUGGAGAUCCUUCAAUGCAGAAACAUCACUUACAAGUUUAAAAGCCCAGAUCAUCUACCAGACCUGUACGUGAAGUUGUAUGUGGUGAAUGUAGCCACUCAGAAGAGGAUCAUCAAGAAGAAGACCAGAGUUUGCCGACAUGACAGAGAGCCCUCUUUCAAUGAGACCUUCAGAUUCCCCCUCAACCCAACUGGACACUCCAUACAGCUUUUCUUGGUAUCCAAUGGAGGCAAGUUCAUGAAGAAGACCCUGAUAGGAGAAGCCUACAUCUGGCUGGACAAGGUGGACAUGAGGAAGCGAGUGGUUAGCUGGCACAAGUUGUUCGUCAGUUCCACUCAGACUAACCCCUGAACACCGCACCAAAAAGAUGGAGAUGCGAUAGAUCAAUGAAAGGUAAAGUCAGAAUGUACUAGUUCAGAGAUCCGAUUUGACAAAAAGAUGAAAACAAAAAAAUUCUAGAAGAGGAGCUGAAAAGAUCCAUUUAAUUCCUUCAUUUUUCAUUUACUUCCUCAGUUCAUAAGUUAUAAGAAGGAGGGAAUUAUGUGCUAAUAUCAUAAUAACUAUAUCAGUCCAACACUGCCAGCACACAUGUCCACCUCUUCCCAUGUCGAGUCCCUGCUGGCUGUGGACUUUGCUUGUAGGAUGCAAACAUGCAAAUACCACAACAGGCACUGAAAGAAGAAUCAGCAGCAAUAUGGCAUUGAGAGCUGUGAUGUCUUUCUUACCAUAGUUCCAAUUCCUUAAUAGGCAUGAGACUUUGUUGUUUUGGUUCUGUGCAAACGAGCUAACAUAUCUAUCAGAGGUAAAGAUAAAAAAAGGUGAAUUUGACAUUGAUCACAGAAUCAUCAGCUGAAUUAGCAUUGUGUUUCCUUCAUACGAGAGUCACCGUUGUAAUGCCCAAAUGAUGGUUGUGAUGUAUGUGAUCAGUGGUCUUGAAAUAUUUAAUGAUGAAGGAAUGCAUAAUGUUUUUAUAUGAUAGUCUUUUAGUUUCAUGUAAAAAGAAAACAAAAUGUAGAACAGAGUCAGACAGUUGACUUUUGCUAUGGGAUGAAGAUAACAUGUACAGCACUUCAUAUUGUACAUAUCACACAUGCAGAUUACAGAGAAUAUCAGAGAAUCACAUUGUACAGUGUGAUGUUUAUAUAAUAUACAAAUAUAUCAGAUGCAGAAUAUAUCUAAAUACAAUAUGAAGUAUAGGAGUUGUUCUCUUGUCACUAGAUUAUAUAUAAUAAAAUACAGAUAUAUAAUCUCUGUUAGAUUGAGGCUGUGGGUGGCGCACUGACAAUCCAGUAGACUCCUUUAGUCUAUGGUGUAGGCAGUCUAAAUAGCUGUUAUGUGAAUGUGGACCUAUGUGAGCUCAAGGAUGUUCAUGAAAAAUAGCUCCUUCGGUCUUCUGAUCAUACUGAUGCACCACUAGAUAUUCAACAGGUCUGUGAUCGAUUAAAACUUCAAAGGUGAAGGUAAACAUCCAGUGACUUAUUUCUUCAAUAGCAUGCCUACUUCACUGGCAUGCUAUUGUAUAAGGCAGGUUAUAAUUACAAUAACAUGAACAGCAUUUUGUGUUUUAAAGUCCAAAACACUUGUGUUGAAUGUUACAAGCCAACUGUAGAUGACAAGAGUUUAUCACAUGUGUCAUGUGUAUAACAUUUUCCUCUAUGGCUGUUGUUGUGUCAAAACCACACGUAGAUCUGUAACUGUCAUUACUUCAGUGUGACAGCUCUGCUUUCUGUGUAUUAGUAAAGCCCCCUGGUCUGAAUUUGACCUAAAAAUAAAUUCAAAAUGAAGAAAAAAAGGUUCCUCUGUGUGUCUGGCUGUGCUGUAAAACUCACCAUGCAGUUUUGUGUCAGUGACUCCCAUUGCAACAGAGUGAACCAGCCUCUUUCACUGCCUGUGACCAAAACUCACUCAGGCCCACUUGGGUUCAGUCAUAUUUAAGUCAAAAGAACACAUGGGGCCACAUCUCAGCACUAAUGUGGAGCAGGUGACCAAUGUAUCCAUCUUGUAAGGUUUUGCCACCAUAUCUACAGAAUUUAAAAAACACUAUCAAGUGACCCUCAGAACUACUGUCGGUGUAUUUAGGCAUAUCACAGGGCUGAUGCAAUUUUUUUAAUAAUCAAACGUAACAGAGGAAACAACAAACACUUAGAACAAGAUGUCACUUAAAUCUUAUAGCAAAGGAUAACAAAAAAGAGAAUAUAAUAAGAAAGGGAAUGUGGUUGAUUUUUCAGUUAAUUAUUUUGCUGUGCCAACCUUGAUUUUUUUUAUUUUUAUUCCAGACCCAUUGGUUCUUAAUUCUAUGCAACACAGAUGUGUUUGGAUGUAUUUGGGUUUUUUUUUUAACUAAAUGUUAUAUCUGUGAACAUGUGGUCUAAAAAUAUGUCUUAUAGAAAAAAAUUUUAAUUUGUACAUCAUUGAAAGAUGAAAUAUUAAAUAUAUUGAUUUUUUACUGAUUUUAAUAUAAUUGAUGUUAACAGCUAUUAACAUCAAUUGCUUGUGCACUUUAUGAUUACAUUGUUUAUUUUCUUGUCUCAUCUUAACUGUCCUGCAAGAUUAUGUGUUUUGUGUUUCUGCACUGAAAUGAACUGAAUCAUGUGUAUGUGUUGGCAGAAAAUAUUGUGGUGUGCAUUUUGUAUCUAUGUGGCAAAAGAAAAACAUGCAGACAUGGGGUUCCUAAACACAAUGCACAAUCUGGGGAGAAUUCACCCUUACUACAUCCUGCUCAUAGUCUACUUAACAGUAAAGUACAGUAAAUAAGACAUAGUCCCUUAAUGCUCAGUCAUGACUGUUUAACCCCUCGUGUUUCAUUAGACUUCCCUCAAGCUAAAUACUGUUAAGAUCAACUGUUGCCUGUAAUUGUGAAACCAUCUAUUUGUUGUUGUUCUGAGGGGUGUGAAUGUGACUCAAGUCCUUUGACAUGUGUACAUAAAGUGUUUAUUUUCUACAAAGACUGAAUGUUUAUAUGUCUGAAGUUUGAGCAUGUGAGUGUCGAAAAAAAUCACAAAAGACUCAAUAAUUGUACAGCAAUGUGAGUCUAUAGUUGUAUAAGGGGAGUUGACUGUGUAAUCAAAACAUGUGCUGUCAACCAAUGACUAUCUGUGCAAUCGCGUCCCGUAAACGGCUGAAACAACACAAAGGGAAAAAAAAAUCUAUUCAACUUCAAUAGUUGUCUGAGACUUUCUGUUUUGGAUGUUGCAUGUUUUGUUGAUGGUUUGUCAGUAUAUUUUGCCUACAGAUUAUGUUUAAAAAGAGACAGAAUAUGUAUAGAUUUAUCUGUAUGCUGACUGUAAAGAAAUAUGCUUGUAAAAUUGUCUUGUUUUUCACUCAGUGUAAAAAGAAAGAAUCUAAUGUUAUGGUUUUGUGGUUGUACACAGGAUGUGUUGAGAUAUUAUGCAAAUUGUGCUGUAAAAAAAUCAGCUGUUUCCCCUGAGUCUAAAGAAUAAAUAUUAAGAAGAGCUAUAUUACA